AUGGUUGAUGAAAGAUGUGAUUUAUGGGUUGAUUUUCUAGAUGAAAUAGUUAAAGGAUGGACUACUUUGGUUGAUGAGAAAAAUGAGGCAGGAGCUGAUUUGGGAAUUGAAACAAAUUCUUCAUGUGAUAGUGAUAUGAUGAAUGAUUUAGGGGCUGAUUUGGUUGAUGAAAUAGUUGAGGCUAGGGAUGAUAGUAGUGAAGAAAGUGGUGAUGAGGAUGAUUAUGAGGCAGACCCAGAAUAUGAGCAAGAGGGUGAUGGAGUGGAAGUUGAUGAAAUGGUCGAAACUCAUUUACAAGGGGGAUGUAAAAGGCCUGUAGAAAUUGAUGUAGGAAAUGAUGCAUUUAAUGAUGAAGACAAUGACUGUGUUGAACAUGAUAACUCCAGUGAGGAUGAGGACAUUGCUAAGAAUGAUGGCGAAGUUAGUGACUUGCACAAACCAAACAGAAGAAAAGAUGAUCAAAUUAAAAUCCAAAAUGAAGAAAAUAAUGUCUUAGUAGUUUCUACUACUAGUUAG